ACACAACCCAUUUUUAUCAUUUUUUCGUCGUUCUCGCGCUCUUCUACAUAGUAUGCUCAUCUUAAGUUUUGAAACAAAUAAGCGCAAAUUUAUAUGAAAAUGCUGACGCUAAGUAAUCAGUUGUUGGCGAUACAUCAGUGUAAAGAGUUCUUGCUCAAUAAGGGCACAACGGGUGUAGUAGCUACAAUACGAGCUGUAAUAAAUAGCAAGCCAAACGAGUAUAGUGUAAUAAGAAGACACACACACGUCGCUACCGCCAACAAUACUACGACGUUAUUGUCCUUCAAAAAUUACUUCCCAUCAAAGCUACAACAAACACUAAACGUCUUCCCACUGACCGCACGUUAUAGUAAACACACAAUACAAACAACGACAAAAAUGUCAAAUACAAGUGAUGAUAUAAAAAUACAUAACUACUAUAAUGUUGCAUUGGAAGUUGUUAUGAAAUGUGGUCCACUACUACGUGAAGGUUACGGCGUUGCUGAUGCAGAUUAUAAACAAAAAACAGCUACUUACGAUUUAGUAACUGUAUAUGAUAAAAAAGUAGAAGAUAUACUGGUUGAGGGUUUGCAAACAGCUUUUCCAGAAUCUAAAAUUAUUGGUGAAGAGAGUGCGUCGGAGAGCGGCAAACUACCCGAGUUGACUGAUGCACCCACAUGGAUUAUUGAUCCCAUAGAUGGCACCACUAAUUUCAUACACCGCAUACCACAUUGGUGUAUAUCAGUGGGUUUGGCCAUAACUCGGGAAUUGGUAGUUGGUAUUGUAUAUAAUCCAAUUGCAAAUGAAAUGUAUUCGGCAUGGAAGGGUCAUGGCGCUUAUUUGAACGGUCAACGUAUUCAUGUCAGAAAAUGUACCGAAAUGAACGAUGCAGUUCUAGCUUUUGAAGUUUCAAUUAUUCACGCCGCAUUAGUUCGUGAUAAGUAUGUGAAGCGCCUCUCUAAACUCGCGGCUCAUAGCACAGGCACACGUUGCAUGGGCAGUGCCGCAUUGACACUUUGCUACGUUGCAAGCGGCCGCUUUGAUUGCUACCAUGUUGAAGAUUUAAUGCCUUGGGAUAUAGCUGCUGGCGCAGUGAUAUUGCGUGAAGCCGGUGGUUUGCUGUAUCAUAGCAAAGGAGGUGAAUUUAAUAUUAUGAAACCCGAUUUGACAGCCGCAGCCUCGCCCGAACUAGUAAAAACUAUGGUUGGUUUAAUUGAAGAGGCUGAUGCACUGACUUUUACAUUUAAAUAAUUUCCUUGUUAUAAAACUGGUUCUAAUUUGUGCGAAACUUUUGUAUAGAGUAGUUUAAAAAUAAAAAUUAUAAAAAACUUA